UCGUCAGUCUGCCUUUAAUCUUCAACAUCGCCAGACAGCCUCCGGGAGUGCUCAUCGUGUCGGAGAUCUUCUGUUUUUACCGCUUGCCGCCCAUCGAGAGAGUCGUCAGCAGCGGCCCAUUAGCAUACAAGUGAAGUGGAUAUCGGUUGGUGGAAGUUCCGUUCGCCUUCAUUGAACGAUAGUGCACGCCGUUCAUUGUCAGCAUGGUUGGAGUAUUGCAUCUACUUCCGGUGGUUGUGCUCUGCCUGGUACACCGGGUGGCGGGUGCCCCACAAACGGACAUUUACACACAGUACCCUAACGGAGCCUUCGAUGAUCCAGUGCCAAACAACGAUCACAAUAAUCAGUUUAAGGAGUAUGCUGCCUACCUCACUCGCUUCGACCCGUGGGUAACGGGCCAGAAGGUACCGAUCCCAGCCGAUCCAGCCACGGAUGCCCUUCACCAGGAUCUGCCACCGGAAGCGGCUUCGCUUGGUUCGGGCCGAGUCGUCCGCACGCCCGUUAGUUUUGAUGAUCCUGUUCCACUGGGAAGCGAAACGAAUCCGGCCUACAAUGAUUACAUCCGUGAGCUGACCCGCUACGAUCCGUGGGUUUCCGGUAGCCAAGCGAACGGACACGCGGUUUACAAGCGCGAACAGCAGCCGUCCGCCGACGAUAAGUUAAUCAGCGAGGAGAAGGACUUUGGCGCGAAUGUUGAGGUGACGGCACCGGUGGAGUCGGAGACCGCGAAUCCGGCCUAUGGUAGCUUUAUUCAGGAGCUGAAGCGCUACGAUCCGUGGCUGGUCGGUCAUAAUGUAACGAUUCCGCACAAUGAAACGGCCGAUCAGCAGUGGGCCGUUGAUAAAGAUCAGUAGACGGCGUGCGAGCGAGUGUAAAACUAUUGUAAAUCUCUAUUGUAAACUAUUUUGCAAUAAAUGCGUUACCGGGCAAUAUGUGCGACAGAUA